AUGCCGGGGGCGACGGCGGCAGGUUCCCCGUCCAAGUACAUCACCGCAGCCCUGGCUGACCUCUUCUCGUGCAUCGGGGGCGGAGACAUCGUGAGCGCCAAGGCCUUGCUGGAGGGGAAGCACAAGAACGACAAGGAGGCCAUACUCUCCGCUACCAACCCUGCCGGCAUCACGCUGCUGCAGCAUGCGUGCCACUCCGGGCAAGCUGGUGGAGUGAACAUGCUCCUCGAGAAGGGAGCCGACCCGAACUGGACAUCGACCAAGGGGUCAACACCUCUCCACUUCGCCUGCAACAAUGGACACUUCGAUUGCGCCGAGGCGUUGCUGAGGGCGGGGGUGGAUGUGGAUGCAGGGAACGCUAACGGGACCACUCCUCUCAUCAUCGCGGCCUUCGGGGCGCACGCCAGCUGUGUCAGGCUUCUCCUAGAGCACGAUGCGGACCCAAACGUGCGCGACAAGCUGGGGCGAAGAGCAGGCGACAGCCUAUGCGGGACUAUCAACGCCGUCAGCGGGAGGGUUGGGGUUGGGGUCGGGGGAGGAAGCGGUAGUGCGGCGGGAGGAGGUGGGGCUGCUACUAUGAGUAGCGGUGGCGCUACGCAGGGGACUAAGGCGGAAAACGAGCCCUUUUCGGAGACACGGUCGCUGUUAGCCGUGGCGAGGACGCAACGGUCGACUAGGAGAGGCCGGAGCGAUUCGACCGCCUCAUCAUCUACGACGUCCACCGCUUGUGUUGACGUCAAGAGUCGUGGUGCCGUUGGUGGCAGUGCUGUCGGCGGCAACGCUAUUUGUACUCAUGGAGGCACGGCGGGGGUGGUGUGUGCUAGUGCUGGUGCCGGGAGUGCGGGACAUGUCGAUCCAGGACCAGAUGGCUUGGAGAGGUCGCCGACGCUCGCGACGGCUGCCGAGGGAACGGGUAAGGAUGCACGCUUGCCGUCAGCAAAGCUACCGCCUCCGUCAAGCCUCGUCGCCGGCAAACCGUCCGGGGACAUGGUUGGACACAGCAGUUGCUCCGGCAGCACGGGCACCUCCACCAGCGUCAGCGGCAAUGGCAACGGUAACGGUAGCGCCGGCAGCGGCAGUGCUUGCAAUCGAGCGGCCCAAACGACGAUACCGUUGCCGCCAGCGAACACAGCAGAGCUGGAUUCAGUGCCGUCAGUGUUGGCCGCAGCAGCAGCCGCAGCAGCGGCAGCGUCGAGACCUACGCCGACGGCAGCGGGUGCUGCCUCCUUUUCGGGUGAAGCUACCCCUCCGACGCUAGCGAAUUCCCCAAGGACGACUCCGAUGCCCUCGCCGGCGCCGUCUCCGCGACGCGCGUCAAAGCUGUUAUCAUCGUCGUCGGUGUUGUCGCCCCAGCUGCAGCAGUCCCAGCUGCCAUCACGCGGGUCAUCAACGCCGACGUUUCCGUCACCUUUGGCAGCAUCAGCAGCGACAGAUCCCGAGCUAGACCACCCUGGCCUGCAGAGCAAGCGGUCUGCGGACCUGAAGGCGGCGCUGGCGGCUAACGCGGCCAUGAUCCGGUCCAUGCAGGAGGAGGAGAGGGCGUUUUCGGUCCAGAGGGACCUCCUCGAGAGGAGGAGGGGGGAGGCGGGGGCGAGGAGGAAAGGGGCGGAGGAACACGCGGCCCUCUUGCGAGCGCAAGCUGGGGAACUCGCCCGGAAGGAUGCUCCGGGCACCCCCCUCAUGCCGGUCAUGGUAGGAGGAGGAGCCAACACUCCUGCUUCAGCGCGAGGCGAUGCCGGUAGCGGACGGUCCCCGGAGCCGCCGCCGGCCCUCAUGCCACCAUCUCCGGUCUCUGACAGCAACAACAACGCGUCAUCCGUCUUCGACACUCCGACAAGUGGCGCCGCAGCUGGCGAGGAGGCGCGGAAGGCUCUUCCAGAAGCCCGUUCAGGAGCAACAGCGCCCCGCGCCGCCAGCUCGAGCUCCGGCUGCAGUCCCCGCUGCGUACCGGCGUACGGUCCGGCGGCGGUGGCGGCGGUGGCGGCGGUGGCGAUGUCGGCUUGGGAGGGGACGACCGUGACACCAGCGGUGUCUGCCGCAGACCUCAAUCGAACCCCAGUCUCUCCGCCGCCACCAGCGAGCAGCAGCAUCACCAUCACCACCGACAAGACCACCAUCACCAUCACCAUCACCAUCAGCGACACGCGGAGCCCGAGGAUACCAACGCUGAGAUGGUGGAAGUGGGCGGGGAUGGCGGUGGCGGCGGCGGGGUGCCGGGGUUCCCGGACGCUGGUGGAGGUAUUCCAGUGGAAGGCCGAGAGCAUGGAUCAGGCAGCGACGCUAGCACGAGCACGGCGGAGGUGCUGGAGGCACAGGGACGGUCGUAGCCAGAGGAGCCGGACCAACGCCAACAAGCGACAGAGAGCAGGGACGACGUCGCUCUCCUCGCAGCGCCUGCAGCACUCGGAUGCUGCUACCGACGGCGCCCGUGGCAUCCACCAUGGACACAUGGAAGGGGGAAGCCAGUGCUUCUCGCCGAGAGGGACGAUAAGGAUAACCGACGUGGCGACAUCGUCUCCCUCCUCGUCGUCGUCGCUUUCCGACCCCAUGAGCCCUGGGCUGAGGAGCGAGGUUCGGAGGCUCAGAGCGGAGGCUGCCGCUAGGGGAAGAGAACACGCUUCUCUGGCCGCCCAGCACGCUUCCCUCGUGCUUGAGAAGGCCAGACAGGCUGGUGUCCUUCGAAACCGCGUGGCUAGCGCAGAUGGGGAGGUGGAACGGCUGUCGAGAAAGCUUCGAGAGGCACAGGAGAAGCUCGAGGCUCAAGCAAGGGAGGCUGAGGCUUUGCGGCGCCAGGCGGAAGGGCAGCAGGGUCUCCUACACAGUCGAUCUCAUGUGCUCGAGCAAGCCUUGGGCCGUCUCGAGAACAUCGGCGUCGCUCUCGCCGAGGAGCGCAGCCUUAACUCAGCCAGAUCUCGCGACAAUGGCCAAGGCAACGGCGGCGGCGGCGAUGCCCCAAAUGCCGUCGGCGGGGGGAGCGAUGCCGAUGGUCCGGCUAACGCUAACGGCGACCGAGAGGAGGAAGGUUGCGAGGAAGACGGAGGGGCAGGGAGCGUGCCGAUGCGGGACGUUGGGGUGGAAGAAAACGAGGCGGCAGCGGGUGCUGCUGCGGGUGCCCCUGCUGCGUCGGCAAUGGCGGCGGGGGCGGGUGAACGGCCGGAGGACCGGCCGCAAGGUGGUCUUGAGAUGGCCAGGAUUUUCAGCCACCAGCAGAUCGACGCCGCGUGUGCUGGGUUCCCAGACAGCGCCAUCGUGGGCAGGGGGGGCUUCGGGCCUGUCUUUCGGGGCCGUUUCAUGGGGGAGGAUGUAGCCGUCAAGAGGCUAGACGGCUAUGGUCUGCAGGGCCUCCCGAAUUUCCUCAAGGAGGUUCAGGUGUUGACCACCUGCCGGCACGAGCACCUGGUACCCCUGCUCGGCAUCUGCGUGGACCCCACCCCGAUGCUGGUCUAUCCGUUCGUCGGACAAAGCCUCGAGUGGCACCUCAGGGAGCCACAAAGACGGGCUGCCAUCGGGUGGCGCACGCGCUUGUCCGUGGCGCUGUCCAUCAGCAAAGGGCUCCAGUACCUUCACCAACCGCAGGCGGGAGCGUGGGGCAAGCCUGUCAUCGUCCACCGCGACGUCAAGACCGAGAACAUCCUCAUGGAUUCUAACCUGCGGGCAAGGCUUUCGGACGUGGGCAUCGCCAGACAACUCGACGGAGCGGGCUCUGAGGCUAGCACCCGGCUCAUUGGCACCUGGGGAUACAUCGACCCCGAGUACCAGGAGACGGGCGUUCUCACUCCUGCGUCGGACGUGUACAGCCUCGGUGUCGUAUUCCUCGAGCUGCUCACGGGCCUUCCGGCGCAUUCCGCUCAGCUCAGGCCGUCUUGUCUAGUGGACCGGGUGAACGGAAAGCAGCUGUCAGACUGCCUGGACUCGGCGUGCUCUUGGCCGGACACCCCCCCCGUGGUGUCCUUCGCGAAGGAGGCUUGGCAGUGCGUAAGCCGGCAAGGGGAUGGUCGCCCUCGCCUGCAGCACCUGAUCGAGCGCAUGGAACGUCUCGACCUCGGAGAUGAUGCAGGCGGCGGCGCGGGCACAGCGGCCGCCGCGAACAGUGACAGCAGCGGCGCCGGGCCCGCCGAAAGCGCACCGAACGCCUCCGUGUUGGCGUCACCCCUACCGCCACCCACCCCUGCAUCAUCCACGGCCCUCCCUCCGGGGGUGGUGGCGGGACCCACUAUGCCCGGGUCUUCUAUCGCAGCCUCCGCCGCUGCCGUCGCGGCAGCUUCCGCCGCCGCCACGGCAGCCAGGGCAGCUACCGAGGCGGCGGCGGCGGCAGCGGCAGCGGUUGCGUCGGGAGCUUCGUCACUGAUGCCGCCGCAGCCGCAACCGGCGGUGCCGCCGUCGCCGCCGUCUCCCGCGAUGGCGGAUGCGGCGGUCGGAGGCGCGGUGGCCGGCGCGACGUCAUCGCCGAUGGCCGCUCCGUCGCCUAGCCCGGAGGCUGGGCGGGACUGCAUGAUCUGUGCCUCGGCACCGGUGCAGACGCGUUUCUUGCCUUGUCGGCACAGCCUCGCGUGUACCUCGUGCGCGUCGCUGCUUAGGGCACGCGGUGAUCGCUGCCCGGUGGACCGAGCCAGAAUCAUCGGCUUGGAGACGGGGCAGUUUCAAGUCACGUACACGGGGGACUGAGCGUUCUGUGGGAUGUCGAAGGCCGACAACCCCCACGUCAGCAUCUAUGCCAAACCGAGAACAAAGGACAGAACGACCUAUUUAGUUUUGGCUAGGGUUGGGUGACCCUAAGUCAAAUCCCACGGACUCAUGGGGUGGCCAGAUGGGCUGCUCAAGCCUUAACCAGUGGUGCUACGGGUUGGGUGGGUGGCCGCUUGACUCGAUCGCAUCGGGGGUAUUAUAGAAAGAAAGACAUCACGGCUGGAAGGGACGACGGGGCGGUCGACUCUGGCUCGUUGUGCGAAAACGUUCGCGCUUCGUCGCAAACUGGUGCUGGGUGGUACGAGCAUGGUUUUUCGGGGAAGGCUUUUCGAGAUGAGAACCAUACCAAGCGUUUCGGUACUCCUUUAGCCGACAUGGUGCAGUGCGUGGCACGCUUUGGACGGAACUGCUUGGAGAACUGGAAGCUACAGCGGCUACGUUGUGGCUGAGGUCGGAGUUUUCCACCGGGUUCCGCUCACAACCGUAGUUGCGUGUUUUUUGUAGCUCUGUGACGAAACUGGCUCGGGCGUGCGUCGCGGUAUUUUUCUGUCUCGGAGAUCGGUUUGACCGGUUUUGGUCACAGCUUGGUUGUCAGCUAUGCGCCAAGGGAUGCAAUUUCUCGGAAUCUCCAUGGAAAGUGGAGUUGUUCACGUUGAACCAUUUGUUCCUUUGAGUCGGUUAUCAAGGUGAAGGAGGGACUGUCUAUCUGGUGGUCAAAGGGUAGAGAGCUGUGCGGUCCGUCUCGAGAUGAAUCCCCUGAAGGCACGCCAAGGAUCUUGUUGUUGAAGGGAUUUCGUGGCAUGGCUAGACUUCAGGGCUAUGGGUAUGGCUUGGGACGA